GAGACACAGAAUCUGAAGCGGGCUCCGGUCUCUGAGCUGUCAGCACAGAGCCCCGCGCGGGGCUCGGACCCACGGAGUGUGAGAUCAUGACCUGGGCUGAAGUCGGACGCUCAACCGACUGAGCCACCCAGGCGCCCCUCGAGUCCCUGUUUUCAACUGUUGGAGGUGUGUAGCCAGAAGUGGGAUUGCUGGGUCAUGUGGUAAUUCUAGGUUUUGUUUUUUUGAGGAACUGCUAACUGUCUUCCUCAGUGGCUGCGGCAUUUUACCUUCCCACCGGCCAUGUACAAGGAUUCCAGUUUCCGAACGUCCUCUCCAGUGCUUGUUAGUUUUGUUUUCUGUUUGUUUUUGGAUAACGGCCAUACGAAUGGGUGUGAGGCGGUCCAAAGUAACCUUUUUGCCAUUGUGUUUUGGAUGCCUGAAUCACAAAAGUUAUAUUUGGAAGAGCUCUUAGCACCCAUACAUCAGCGCCUUAUGCUCGAAACAUUGCCUUGAUCUCAUGACCAACUUCCAAGAUUUCUUCUGGAAGGAAGGUCCAUUUUAAGAGGUCUUCGUCGUUUAAAGAACUAGGUAAAUACACACACGGCUAAAAUCCUUCUUGGCACCUGGAGCACCAUCCGUGGCGAAAGAAUCAGACAACACAGUCUGUGGUCCAAGGCUGGCUGUGUGUGAUUUGGAGCAGCCGGAACCUCCUGCUGGUCCAUCCGUCAUGCGUGCUUGUCCUGGCUCAGAACUUCACGGGAGAAAAAGAGGCCAGAAUGUCGUGCCGUCUUUGGGCAGGCAGACGUCCCUGACGACGUCGGUAACACCCAAAGCGGAACAGAGCAUGGCUUACAAAGACUUUAUUUAUUUCACCGUCGUUGAAGGGAACGUCCGCAAUGUUUCUGAAGUCUCGGUUGAGUAUUUAUGCUCUCAGCCGUGUGUUGUCAAUCUGGAAGCCGUUGUCUCGUCCGAGUUCAGAAGUAGCAUCCCUGUGUACAAAAAGAGGUGGAAAAAUGAAAAGCAUCUUCACACCAGCAGGACACAAAUAGUGCACGUGAGAUUUCCGAGCAUCAUGGUUUACAGAGAUGAUUAUUUCAUCAGACACUCCAUUUCGGUAUCCGCGGUGAUACUACGCGCCUGGAUUACUCACAGAUACAGUGGUGGAGACUUGAAUGUUAAAUGGGAGGACAAUUUGCUACAUGCCGUAGCUAAGAAUUAUACUCUGCUGAAGACGGUCCCGCCUUUCGAACGCCCUUUCAAAGACCAUCAAGUGUGCCUGGAGUGGAACAUGGAUUAUAUUUGGAACCUUCGGGCAAACAAGAUUCCCCAGUGUCCUCUUGAAAGUGCCGUCUUGCUGUUUGCAGAUGUGGUCACCCUGCUGGGCUUUCUCUAUGCCUCCAGUGGAGAAAACACAGGCAUUGUGAAGAAGUUCCCGAGGUUUCACAACCGAGAGCUGGAGGCCACCCGACGCCAGCGGAUAGAUUAUCCAGUGUUUACUGUUUCAUUGUGGCUUUAUUUACUCCAUUAUUGCAAGGCCAGUCUCUGUGGGAUUCUGUACUUUGUUGAUUCUAAUGAGAUGUACGGCACGCCGUCUGUAUUUCUUACCGAAGAGGGCCACUUGCAUAUUCAGAUGCACCUUGUCAAAGGAGAAGACCUUGCGGUAAAAACGAAAUUCACCAUGCCCUUGAAGGAGUGGUUUCGACUGGAUCUCUCUUUUAACGGAGGCCAGGUAAUAGUGGUAGCCACCAGCCUUGGACAGGAUUUGAAAAGCUACCAUAAUCAGACCAUUAGCUUCAGGGAGGAUUUCUAUUAUAAUGACACUGCUGGGUACUUCAUUAUUGGAGGGAGCAGGUAUGUGACUGGCAUUGAAGGGUUUUUUGGACCCCUGAAGUACUAUCGUCUCCACACUCUGCACCCUGCACAGAUUUUAAACCCCCUCCUUGAGAAGCAGCUUGCUGACCGGAUCAAGUUAUAUUACGAAAGGUGUGCUGAGGUCCAAGAAAUAGUGUCUGUGUACAUGUCCACGGUACAGCAAGGGGGCGGGAGACCAGAAGCAUGCGACCUCCGGAACUCCUAUCUGGACCUGAAGCUCAGGUACGGGAGGCCCUCCACGUGCAGAGCCUUCCCCUGGGAGCAGGAGCUGAAAGACCGCCACCCCAGCUUGUUCCAGACCUUGGUGGAGAUGGGUUUGUUGACAGUACCGAGGAACCAAAAUGAAUCUGUAUUAGAAGUUGGCGGGAGGAUAUUUGAGAAGGCUGUAAAGAGACUCUCCAGUGUUGAUGGUCUUCACCAAAUUAGCUCUGUCGUCCCCUUUCUGAUGGAUUCCAGCUGUUGUGGAUACCAUAAAGCAUCCUACUACCUCGCAGUCUUCUUUGAAACUGGAUUCAGUGUACCUCAGGAUCAGCUGCAGGGCAUGUUGUAUAGCUUGGUGGGAGGCCAGGGCAGUGAGAGGCUGUCUUCAAUGAAUCUUGGCUACAAGCACUACCAGGGUGUCGAUAACUACCCCCUCGACUGGGAGCUGUCUUACGCAUACUAUAGCAACAUUGCCACGAAGACACCCCUCGACCAGCACACGCUACAGGGAGAUCAGGCAUAUGUCGAGACAAUUAGACUGAAGGAUGAGGAAACGCUCAAGGUACAAACGAAAGAGGAUGGAGAUGUCUUCAUGUGGUUGAAGCACGAGGCCACCCGAGGCAAUGCGGCAGCUCAGCAACGAUUGGCCCAGAUGCUGUUUUGGGGCCAGCAAGGUGUGGCCAAGAAUCCUGAAGCGGCAAUCGAGUGGUACGCCAAGGGUGCCCUGGAGACUGAGGACCCCGCGUUGAUAUAUGACUAUGCCAUUGUGUUAUUCAAGGGUCAAGGAGUAAAAAAGAACAGACGGCUUGCCUUAGAGCUGAUGAAGAAAGCGGCUUCCAAGGGAUUGCAUCAGGCAGUCAAUGGCUUAGGAUGGUAUUACCACAAAUUCAAGAAAAAUUAUGCUAAAGCGGCCAAGUACUGGCUAAAAGCAGAAGAGAUGGGGAACCCGGAUGCAUCGUACAAUCUUGGAGUCCUGCAUUUGGAUGGCAUUUUCCCAGGAAUUCCUGAAAGGAAUCAAACGUUAGCCGGUGAAUAUUUCCAUAAGGCUGCACAAGGCGGACACAUCGAAGGAACCUUGUGGUGUUCUCUCUAUUAUAUCACAGGCAACCUGGAGACCUUCCCUAGAGAUCCCGAGAAGGCUGUGGUAUGGGCAAAGCACGUAGCUGAGAAAAAUGGCUACUUGGGCCACGUCAUUCGCAAAGGCCUCAAUGCCUACCUGGAGGGUUCAUGGCACGAAGCUUUGCUGUAUUAUGUUUUAGCAGCAGAAACUGGAAUUGAAGUGUCACAGACAAAUUUAGCACACAUCUGUGAGGAGAGGCCAGAUCUGGCCAAGAGAUAUUUGAGCGUGAAUUGUGUUUGGAGAUACUAUAAUUUCUCUGUUUUUCAAAUCGGUGCUCCUUCGUUUGCAUAUCUGAAAAUGGGAGACCUUUACUACUAUGGCCACCAAAACCAGUCACAAGACCUUGAGUUGUCUGUGCAGAUGUACGCCCAAGCCGCAUUGGAUGGAGACUCACAGGGAUUUUUUAACCUGGCUCUGCUAAUUGAGGAAGGUGCUAUAAUCCCACAUCAUAUUUUGGAUUUCUUGGAAAUUGACCCAACUAUCCAUUCUAAUAACAUCUCCAUCCUUCAGGAACUGUAUGAAAGGUGCUGGAGCCAAAGUAGCGAGGAGUCCUUCAGCCCCUGUUCCCUGGCCUGGCUUUACCUUCACCUGAGGCUCAUCUGGGGUGCCGUGCUGCACUCCGCUCUGAUCUACUUUCUGGGAACCUUCUUGCUGUCUGUAUUGAUCGCCUGGACUGUGCAGUAUUUCCAGUCUGUUUCAGCCAGUGGUUCCCGUCCCACACCAGCCCGGGCCUCCUCAGACCCCACGGCCCCGUCCACCAGUCCGGCUGUGACUCCAGCUGCAGAUGCCUCCGCUCAGGACCAGCCCACGGUCACUAAUAACACAGAGCCUUGAGAGUGAACUGUGCGCUCCAGGUCUCUCCCGAUGAGAGACAGUCCUUCCAACAGCUGGUAUUGGAAAGCUGGGGCUAGGGCAUUAUACUGAUAAACACCUUACAUACAUGUCUUGUCAACUGGAUGCGAAUUUUGCACUUGGUGUCUUUUUGUUUGUUUGUUUUAAUCAAAUUAGGAGGAAGUACCCAGAGCAGGCAGUGGCUAAACCAACGGUUAUCAGCCAGAUACAAGGAGACUCCCGAUCACAGGGGCCUGUUGAGGAGGUUAAUUGGGUCACUGCAGAUGUGUGUAUGGGGAGUCAGAGUUUGCCCUGUGGCCCAUCUGAAUCCUUACACACUGAGAUGCAUUAAAAAAAAAUCUUAGCCCCUGUUCAUUCCCUGUUAUUAAAGAACAGAAAAUUGUGACUUGUCUACCAGUUAGAGAAUAUUUCGGUAUGUGUGUUUGCCACAGUCCGGCUCCUCAAAGUCCAAAAGACGGGUUUCAAUUUGACUUCCAAGACCCGGCGGUUCUAAGGCACCUUGAAAUAAAUAGGUUAUGGCUGGAAAUGCAGGGAGGGUGAUGGCUUUGUAAAUGGGUUUACAUUUUUCUCCUUGGAUUUUUCUAGGGUCGGGCUUCCGAAUCAUUUAAUGACAUUGUUGGAUAUCGUUUACUUUUCAAUCAAAUCCAUAAAAUAACAUUUAGAAAAUCCUUAGUAUUUAACUGUAGUCUUCUCCAUGAAUUACCCAUUAGAAUAGACCGGCAGCAGGGGAAUAUGCAGGAAAUAAGCCUUUAGCUCAUAGUUCCGUCCCUACCCCUUAUGCCUGCCUGAGUUUGUGUGACGGUAUGUGUGUGUGUGUGUGUGUGUGUGUGUAUGCGCGUGUGUGUGUGUGUGUGUGAGGGGGGGGGUGGGGGGGAAAGAGGAAGAGCAGACUGUCUGUAUGCUGUAUGCUGCUAAGGUAGUAAAUAAAUCAGUAAUGCAAUAUUGUGGGUCCAAACUACUCUUUGCACUACUUUAUUUACAGUAGUAAAUAAAAAUUAUUUUUAUACUGUU